AUGGCUUCAAAUGAACCAGUGCUAACUCAAUCAUCAGAACCUACUCCUAUUAAUACCGUGGAGGAUACAAUAACUCCCAACCAAGAACAACUUGAAAGACAUGACACCAAUCAAAGCAAACAGAAAUUUAAAGAAUCCGAUGCAGGUGAUGGAACAAGAAAGGAAGAUCAUUAUUUACGUGGACCUCGAUUGAUAUUAUGUUUUAUUUCUUUGUUUCUUUGUUUGUUCUUAUUUGCAUUAGAUCAAACCAUCAUUGCCACUAUUUUAACUACAGUGGGUACUAAAUUCAAUUCGUUUGCCCAAGUAGGAUGGCUUUCUAGUGGGUUCUUGUUAGCGAUGGCUGUUUUUAUUCAACCAUUUGGGAAAUUAUCUAUAAUUAUUGGACGUAAAUGGGCCAUGGUUGUGGCAGUAAUUUUAUUUGAAGCUGGUUCUUUAAUGUGUGCACUUGCAAACAGUAUGAAUGUUUUAAUAGGUGGUAGAGUUCUUGCAGGUGUAGGGGGUGCAGGUAUCAACAGUGGCGUAUUUGUGAUUGCCUCUGAAGUAUUACCAAUUAACAAACGUCCUUUUGCUCUUAGUAUCUUUGCUAUAACUUUCGCAGUUGCCUCGGUGUUGGGUCCUUUAAUUGGUGGUGCAUUCACUUCUCAUGUUACUUGGAGAUGGGCAUUUUAUAUUAAUUUACCAGUGGGUGGAGUUGCUUUAAUUGUUUUUUUAUAUUCCUUCCGUCCCCCACGUCCAAAGGUUGACAUGAAACAGGAAAUGAAAAGAUUUGAUUAUUUUGGAACAUUUUUGUUAAUUUCAGGAUGUGUUGUGUUUUUGUUAGCGUUGACUUUUGGAGCAGACGAAUUCCCUUGGGAUUCCGGUGCCGUAAUUUCAUGUUUCAUUAUUGGUCCUGUUUUAUUGAUUGCUUUUUGUAUCUGGAAUUUCAAGUUUUCCAAGAAUCAAAUCAUUGGUACAGAAGUUGUUAAAGUUCCACAAAUCAUUGCCUCCACAUUGUCAAUAUCAGGAAUAUUUACAGCCUUCAUUAUGUCAAUGAUUUAUGGCUCUAUUUAUUUCCAAGUUAUUCAAGAUUCGUCACCCUUAGGAGCAGGUCUCCAUUUACUUCCUACAAUCGUGUCAGUUGUUCUUUGUUCGUUGUUUUCGGGGAUUAUGGUGCAAAAAUUUAGAUAUGUAAAACCUUUCAAUAUUGCUUCUGGUAUUUUGGGUCCUGUUGGUUGUGGUUUGUUAAGUUUGUUACAAGUAGAUUCUACUUUUUCUCAACAAGUAGGAUUGUUGAUAGUUAUAGGUGUUUCUGCUGGUUUGGCAAUGCAACCAUCCUUCUUGUCAGCUCAAAUAAUGGCACCAAAGAGUCCUUCAGGAAUGAUUAUGACUACUAUUUUUAUAAACUUUUUCCGAUCACUUCUUUCUGCAGCAGGUGCUGUUUUAGCAGAUGCAGUAUAUACAGCAUCAUUAAGAAAUAUCUUCAAGAAGAAUGUUGCUAAACUUACGGAUCCGGUUAUAUUACAAGACUUGCAAAGGCUAGAUGUAAGUCAAUUAAUAUCUUCGGUGGAAAUCAUGAAAGAGUUGCACCCAGAGACUCAACACUUUAUUAAAACCCAAAUUAUGGAUGCUAUAAGGAAUGUGUAUUAUACUACCAUUGGGUUUGCGGCAAUAUCACUUAUAGCCUGUUUCUUUAUUACAAACAAGAAACUUCCUGCUGAUGUUGAAAUAAGAACAAGUACGGAAAAAGAUGAGGAAGAAGGUGUUGGCCAAGAAACAAAUGACUCACUCGAGUCACUGGCAAAUGAAGUGGACAAGAGGGAAAACAGUGAAGAUGGACAGCAGAUAUGA